CGCGCGCGCCAGACGGGGACUCGCCGGCACGUCGGCGUGGCUACGAAGGGGUCACGCGGAGGUGGAGGGCUGCGGGCGGUCAUGCUGAAGGCCGUCCAGCUCCGGUGGUGGCGGCGGCUGGUGCUGGCGGCGCUCCGUCAUGGGGCGGGCUGCGGCUGCGGCGGCGGCGGCCGGCCGAGCGGAACUCGAGGGACUUCUUCUUACCGUUCCGCGUUUGGCGGCGCCGCCUCCGGCGCAGUGAAUGUGUUCGAUCGGGUGUUGAAGAGGAAGCAAAAGAACUGGGCGGCCCAGCAGCCGGAGCCUCUGAAGUACGAGUACCUGAAGGAGGAGGUUGGUAGUCGUGUUGCUGACCGUGUAUAUGACAUCGCCAGAGAUUUUCCUCUUGCUUUGGAUGUUGGCUGUGGAAGAGGUUAUAUAGCACAACACUUAAAUAAGGUAUAUUUAUUUUUCUUCAGGAAGUUGUUGGAAAAAUUUUCCAAGCAGACAUUGCAGAAAAUGCUUUGUUUGCAUUGGGUGAAUGAUCUUCCUAGAGCCUUUAAACAGAUCCAUUAUGUUUUAAAACCAGAUGGAGUAUUUAUUGGUGCAAUGUUUGGAGGGGAUACACUGUUUGAGCUUCGAUGUUCUUUACAAUUAGCAGAACUUGAAAGAGAAGGAGGAUUUUCUCCACACAUUUCUCCUUUCACUGCUGUCAAUGAUCUGGGCCAUCUGCUGGGAAGAGCUGGUUUUAACACACUGACUGUGGAUACUGAUGAAAUUCAAGUCAAUUUCCCAGGAAUGUUUGAGGUGAUGGAAGAUUUACAAGGUAUGGGAGAAAGUAAUUGUUCUUGGAAUAGAAAACCUUUGCUUCAUAGGGAAACAAUGUUAGCCGCUGCAGCAAUAUAUCAAGAAAUGUAUGGAAAUGAGGAUGGCUCAGUACCUGCAACUUUUCAGAUUUAUUACAUGAUAGGAUGGAAAUAUCAUGAUUCACAGGCCAGACCUGCUCAGAGAGGUUCAGCAACAGUAUCAUUUGGAGAUUUAGGAAAAAUAAAUAAUCUUAUAUCACAUGGGAAGAAAUAGCUUUUGAUCACAAUAAAUAUUUAGUGUUAAUAAAACUAACUUUUUCCUCAUCAAAAAUUCUCUUUCACAUCUACUGUAAUUAUAUUUUGAAGCAAGAAACAGUAAAUAUAAAGUGUUUACAAAUAAAAUUAUUACAAUCCUUGCUAAAACAAAAAAAACAAAAGGCUGAUUACAUUUGGUAACUGUCCACUUUCACAUGUUUUCUGUUUUCAGUUUGAUCAUGAUGAUUUCGAUAAUAUGGUAGAAUCAGCCAGAAAACAUCUCUUGAGGUGUCUUCAAAUAUGUUCAUGUAUAUUAAUGUCAAAGUUGAUGGAAAAAGAUUGCUGCUUCUGACUUUGUCAUGUCUUAUACCUGCCUCUCUCUGUCAUUUCUGUGGGAAGACUGAAACCAGUUUGUGUGUGUGUGUGUAGAACCAAGUAUAUUCUCAUUCACUAUAAAAAUACAGACUUUUUUACAGCGAUUUCUUUUAAAUACAGUGUUGCAUGCUACUUCCUUUGUCAGGGAGAGGAGCAGAAAAAACUGGAGCCUUAUCAUAAUUCUGUCUUGUAAAAUGACAAUCUUCGUACAUUGGGCCAUUAGCCCACUCUCAGUUGUUAAAAACUUCAUGACUUUUUCCUAGGGAACCAAGUGAGUUUUACACAGUGUUAAAUGCAUCUUUUUUCCUUCCAGUUCAGAAACUUAACAAUUCCUACUCUUAACAGGUCAAAGGAGUUGAGACUUAGUAGGCAAGCUAGAGACAAACUGGUUUGUUUUUUGUUGUUUUUCUCUUGUUGCUUUUUGGGGUUAGGAACUUUUCUUGGUGUGAAUGGGGUAAUGAUCACUAACAAAGAAGGCAAGAUUGCUCAAGUCUUACCUUUGUUCCUUUUUUUCUCUGUAAAAAGAGAACGAGAUCUUUAUAUUGGAGAUGAAAGAACAUAAAUAACUAAAAGGGAUACUAAGAGAACAGCUGUCAUUAAUCAAGUCAUUUCACCCAGAUAAACCAUAUCCUUGGGUCCUGAAAGAACAGACAUGUUAUUGUUGAAAAACUGCCUAUGAUAGAUGAAAGUUUAUAGGAAGUGAGAAGUGGCACAAAAUUUUCCCAUUUUCAAAAUGAGAACAGACUAAACUAUGCCAGGGAGCUUGUAUUCCCGGGCUGUUCUAGAAUAGGUCAUUCACAAAAGGGUUGGCAGAUAUCUUAAAGGGAAAGUAGGUAUAAAAAGCUCUGAUGGCUUCAUUAGGAACAGGUCAUGCUAGACUUUUUUUUGACAGGAUUACAUUAUGGGUAUAACAGAUUUUAGAAAAGUUUUUUAUUAAGUAUCAUGCUAUUCAUGUUUAGGUAGUGUAAUGCUGGAGAAACUGAGGUAAGAUAGAGAUUAGAGGUUUUUAAAAAUACUUUAUUAGAGAGAGAGUUGGGACUAGUCAAUCCAUCUUAACUGAGUGGUGGGACUAUUAUGUCAACGCAUCCAGUGAUGAGCAAGGGAUCCAGUGAUAAGGGAAAUAAGGAGAGGAGGGAGAUAGAGCACUGGUGAGUGGGAAAUUCCAGGAAAGGACCAUAAAAAGUUAAGUUCUUACAGUUGAGGAUAAGCAGGAAGGAUCAUAAAUUCUUAUAAAUUGGGAGAGAAGAAGCUGGAAGCUGGGAUGUCUGAGCUAGAAAGUAACCAAGUGUUUGAGAUAAGUCACCUGAAGUUUUAUGACUCUGGAAUACUAGUGGUCAAGACUCAUAGCCCUACUUAUCUCAUUCUUAAUAGCUGGGGGGGGGUGCCACCAGGGAGUCUGAGGCAGAACAAUUGAGGGAAACCAGUUGGAUUCAGGUUGGAUGGUGAUGAUAGCUAGUGGUUCAGUGUAAUUGUGGUAGAUCUCCCAGGGAGUAUCCUAAUAUACAUUGUAUGCUUGUUAAGUGAUGCAAAUGGGAGGGAUAGUGAACACAAUAGAGGACAGGAUCCAAAAGACUUUGACCUGGUAGAGAACUGAACUGAAUCAGAAAACAUGAAAUUCAAUAAAGUCUAAAAUUUACACAAAUUUAAAAUGGAGGUAUGGAGUAGCAAAGGGUUAGAAACAUGUAAAAAUUGCAGUGGAUUUCCAGUUUGAUAAGAUGCUGCAGUGUGAUAUGGUAACCAAAAAUGCCUAAUUUGUACUUGGGCUGCAUUCAGAGGCAUAACCCCUGGAGGUGCCCAAAGAGGUGGUAUGCUAUUCAAGAACUCAAACAGAGGCUGAUGAAAGAAAGAUUAGUUUCCUGGAAAGGAAGGCUUUUGGGAAGAGUUAAUUGCUUUUUCUUUCCAAUCUGAGGGGAGAAGCAAAUGGAGGUCCAAAGAAGGUAUUAAGUAAAGCUAUUAAUUCUUUCCUUCUCCUUGGCCCCCUUUUCUGUUUCCUUUUGUAUAUUCUUUCCCCUUUCCUCUCAGUCUGUUUUAAACUCCUUGAGGGCAGGGACUGCCAUUUUCCUUUUUAUAUACUUGGCACUUUGGAGGCAUUUUGAACAUGUUUAUUGAAUUAAUUGUAAUAAAUUCACUAUAUUCCAUAUGCCUUACCCUAGUUAGACCUAGGACCUGUUUAGGAUCAUGGUGAGGAGGGAGAUAAAUGGGAAGUAGUGUGGAGGCCUGGACCCCUGAAAGAUGAAGUGAAAGUGUGCUUAUCAAAGAACCUAAAUAGAGAAGGGAAAAAAGACCCAUAUAGGUGAAAUUGAAAGCAAUACUUCAGUCAGAAUUUGAGGAAGGAAAGUAUAAGACUGAAAACCAUUUACAAACAAUGAAUUAUCAUUUAGAUAUUUGCAUUAUAAUCCAAGUGCUAGACUGGUAACACUGAGAAAUUAAAGGAAGGCUUCCAGGGUCCUAAGGAGGGAUUGUGAUCUGAGGUUGGGUUUCUCACACUGAUGGAAUUAUCCACUCAAGUAUCUGAGUACUAGAGUCCCUUUAAGGUGCCUUAAAACAAAACCAAAAAAGGGAGGAAGGCUUUUUUAUGUAGAUUUUCUGCCUAUUACUUUUAUGUUUGUUAAUUGCAAAAUUAUAGGUUAUACAGUGAGAGUCAUUCUGAAACUCCUGGGAAAGUGUCUUUUUCUGGAUAAAUGAGAGAAAAUCCCUUUUAAAUACUUUGUUCUGAAAAUUAAUUUAAGAUGAAAAAUUUUCAAAAAUGUAAUACUUUUAUUUACCUUCACAAAUACAGCAUACCAGAAAAUUUAACUUUUUCUUGAUUUAAAUUUGUAGAUUGUUGGAAUCCUUACAAAGUG